AUGAGAUCCAAACCAGAUCCAAAGACAAGUAAUACCAGUCUCAAUGCAAAGGAAGAUAGUGAUGACGAGAAAAGGAAAUUUAUAGAGCGAAAGUGGAAGCGUUUAAACCAAGAUAUGAAAAGUGCAAUCAUUAAAGUGGAAACAGCCAAACAAAAUACAGAAAAGCUAGUUAAAGACGAACUAAAUGAACAUAAAGCUGAAUUUUCAGAACUUAUUAAAUCGUUAGAUCAAUUGAUAAGUGAGACUUAACAGUCAAUCAAUCAAUCAAUCAAUCAAUCAGUGAACGUGACAAUUUACAAAUCGAUGACAGCUGUCAAAGGUGUGGCAAGAAGCAUCAUACACUUCUACAUCUUGACGUAGAAAAUCAGUCAAUCAGUGAACGUGACAAUUUACAAAUCGACGACAGUGGCAAAAACUGGACUGAGACCUGUGCUGAUAUGUAUAGUGAAUUAAAGUCAAAUCAAGAAAGUAUAGCGUCCCUCAUUAGUGAGCAAUGUCAACAAGAAAAGGCAAGAAAAGAAAAGGAACAAGAAAAACUACUAAUACAAGAAGAGGAAGAACGAAAACGAUAUGAAGCCGAAGUAAAGUUAGAAACCAACAGCACCGAGAUGAAAUCAAUAAACUGA